AACCUCACGAGGCCUUACGUGCCCAGAGCGAUUCCUUUCCGUGGCGCCCUACCGCCUUCGGCGCGAAGGUGGCUGCUGCGUACCGUCCCGAACCCCAGGAGCCGAGGUGAGCGUCGCGAAGACCCCCGACAUUAAGAAGUGGCGUCCACCGUAGCCCCGUUAAGCCGGCUACCCUCCCCCACCCCGAGGAGCAAGCCUGCCUUCCGCCACGCGCCGCCCGUCUUCCGCGCCCGCGCAGAACCUCGCCGCUGUGCCCGCCUAAAGCCACGCCCAUCCUCGCUGGGCCACGCCCUCAGAGACUCCUCCCCUGUCGCCCAGAUCCCACCCGCAAGACCCCAAAACCCAAUGAUCCUGCAGCAGCCCUUGGAGCGAGGCCCCCAGGGAGGGGCCCAGCGCCUCCCGCGGGCCGCCUUGGGGGUGACUCGGGGCCUGGACGCCAGGCUGCCUCCUGUCUCAGUAUCCCAGCCUGCCUCUCUCCCAUCUCUCCCCAGGGAGCCUCUGCGCAAGCAGUUUCUGUCUGAGGAGAACAUGGCCACCCACUUCUCUCAACUCAGCCUGCACAAUGACCACCCCUACUGCAGCCCCCCCAUGACCUUCUCCCCAGCCCUGCCCCCACUCAGGAGCCCUUGCUCUGAGCUGCUUCUCUGGCGCUAUCCUGGCAGCCUCAUCCCUGAGGCCCUCCGUCUGCUGAGGCUGGGGGACACCCCCAGUCCCCCCUACCCUGCAACCCCAGCUGGGGACAUAAUGGAGCUCUGAGUGCUGGUGGACAGUGCCCCUCCCACCUUCCUUCUUCCCCACAACAGAAGAGACCAGCGACUCCCGCAGAGGGACAGGGUUCCUCCCUCUCCUGCAGACCAGGCAUCUGGGCACCAAGACCUUCCCUCAGCAGAGGACACUGAGCCCAACGGAGUUCUGGGAUGGGAGGGGUGGGAGCAUGAGAAGGGAGGCAUCCCACCCCCAAGAAGAACUGAAUAAAGAUUGCUGAGCAAA